UGUGCAUGUUGCAGACAAAGCAAACAGAUCACUGAUCCUAGAACACAAAGAUUUGAAGUCCCUCAUGAACAUGUGGGAUCUUUCACUGGAUCUGCAGCCUCCAAUUUAAACUACAAAGUGGAUGUGAAGCAGAACCCCUUUGGCAUCGUGGUGACGAGAGUGAGCAACGGUAGAGUGCUGGUGUGGUUUCAAUUCAAGCAUAUAUUCCUGAUGCUGUGUGGUAUGAGUAUGAUACGGGAGCAAAAAUUUCAGUGAGAAAAGAAUGGACUGAUAUGUACCUGCCAGCUGACAAAAUGGGACUCCAUUUGCGAGGAGGCUACGUCUACCCUACUCAACAACCAGCUAACACAACAGUUGCCAGCCGCAAGAAUCCAAUGGGACUUAUAAUUGCUCUGGAUGACAAUAAUGCCGCUUCUGGGAACUUGUUCUGGGAUGAUGGAGAAUCUACAGGUACAAUUGACAGUAAAGCCUACAUUUACUAUGAGUUCACUGUUUCCAGUAGGCAAUAUCUUGUUUCCUGUAAGUCAACAUCUGAGGAGACUUCCAAGAACAUGCUGAAUUUAAGAUGCAUCCUGUUAUCCCAUCUCUACAUAUUAAUGUAUGUGGCACAUGCCUAUCCAUGGCAGCACCAUGAUCUGCCCUAUGCUCCAUGA